GUGAGGACUUGGAAAUAAUGGCACAGCAAAGAGUUGGUAUGCCAUGUGUAGCACCCGUCGAGGAGGAAGGAGUUUGGUAUCGUGCUAUUAUCACCAACUGCAGUGAGGAUCAAACAACUGUUCGAUAUGUGGAUUAUGGAAACACAGCCAUUUUGCAAAAAUCAAAGGUGAAAACCAUUCAAGAAUCAUUGCUUAGCCAGCCAGUGUUUGCAUUCAGGAGCAGUUUAGCUGGUGUCAGUCCUAAAGAUAAUAUCUGGAGUGCAGAAGCCUGUGAAGCAUUUGCAAAUCUUGCUUUCGAAGGUGUCCUAACAGCCUCAGUUAUGAAGGUCAUUGAUGAUACUCAUUCCUGUUCUUUGAAAUUGGUUGAUGAUAAUGGGGUAU